UCACACAUUGUUGUUAUUUCUUAAUUCAAAUUCUUCAAUAUCGUAUUAAACAACAAAUCGUAACCCAAAAUGAUGACAUGAUGUCAAGCUGGAUCUCACAUUGGAUCUACCCUGACCAGGAAUUUACUCUUGCGAAAGAUUGCCAAAGUGCAAUAUUCGAAUCAACUUUUUGCCAUAUUCUUUCAAAUCUAUACAUUAGUUUAAAUUAUCUUAUGACUUUCAAGUUUUUAUAGCAAACCGAUUGCCUGAAAUUUGAUCAAGUAAUUUUUUUCAACGGGUGCUUAACAUCAAGCAAGCAAAGCAAAUAUGGACCGAUUACGAGCCAUAACCACUACUCGCGAACGCGAGGAUUCCUUUGCCGACGAUACCCGAAAACUCCUCGACCAGUGUCGUCUAGACGCCGAAUACGCCAACUACUUGUCUCAAACACCCGCUAAAUUGGACGCAAUUCUGACAAACUUCAUCAAAUUCAGCAGCUAUAAUGACUCAUCCAAAUGUCUGGAAUGUCUGGAAUUAAUUGCUGUUAUUUUGAACCAAAGAGACGGUUUGUGUUACCUUCAAAACAAGUUCAUGCUUUUACACACCACAUAUAAGGUUCUGACUGCCGAAGAGUCGCCAAAAUUGGUGACCCAACGAGCUUUGCAAGUGCUUUUCAAGCUAGCCGAAUGCUCCGACAACUUGAAGUACAUGUUUGAAAACGAUGUUCUAGAGUUCUUAUAUCAAAUUUGCCGAAGUUACGAAUCGCCCUCGCAAAACUGCAGAAAUAUGUUGAAACUUUGUCUUCAUUUCAUAGAAAAGUUGUUAAACGGUCAGCAAAGUCAGCCCGGAGGCGACGAGAUUUCGUACAGAAUUGCAGACGAGCAUCUUAUUUUGCAUCAACUGGGUAAGAACGACCCUGAAAUAUUUAGUCACGCGCUGAAAAUUCUGACCCUGAAAAAACAUCUUGACUUUAAUGUUGUAAAACACAGCUUGGAAAAGUUAGAAACGAGAACUGACAGCGGCUUUGAUGAGCAGAAAUUGUUAAUUUUGAACUAUCUUUACUCAAUUUUCAGUUUUCCUAGUUGUACAAGAAGUGUAGCGUUGGCUUUAAAAUUUAUUCAGUCAACCAAAAUUAUAAUAUAUUCUUUUCCACAAGAAACGUUUGAUGACGCAGUUCAACUGAAGUCAAUUUUUCGACUUACUUGCGAAGUUUUGCUCAAAUCAAAUGGCGAUAUGGAGAAUUUGCCAUUCUAUAGAGAGCUUGUAGUUCUGACUCUAAAUUCUGGGAAGUUACCAAGUGAAGUAAUGAGUUUGUGUUUACAAACGGCAAUCUUGUUGGAACACAAAAUUUGCCGUGAACGAAAACCCAGAAACUUCUAUCUUUUUCAACCCGAAGAAAUGAACAUUUUAGUACCGGCUUUGGAAAUUUACCAAGAAAACUAUCAAGUUAUAGUUUGCGUGUGUGAGACUAUUUUUGUAAUUUGUUCGAGUUACAACUACGACAAAACUUUUAAACGAUUUUUGAUGGCAAAAAAUGUGGAUUUGAUGCUGUUGAAAUUAGCCGAAAAGUUUCAGCAUUAUGAUUAUCUGCAGGUUUUGACUUCGGUUUUGCGAGCGGUGCGAGGCUUGAGCGACGAAAGCUUAGAAAUAGCGUACGAGUUUACAAAUUACAACAAUUUACAAAAGUGGGCACAGAUUUUCAAACUUUACCCGCAAGAUCCCAAGUUCACGCUGGAAGUCGUGCUGAUUUUGGACGUUUGGUUCCAAUGCAACUCCACAAUUCACGAAAGUCUGGACUACAACAUUCACGAGUUAACUCUAGGAAUUCUGGAACACUUUUGCAACGACAGUCCUCAAAUGGUGUUUUAUACUCUAAAUAUUCUUAGUCGCUAUGUUUCCGUUUUCAAAAGUGCCGGGAUAAAUGCUGCCAAAAUGUUGUCACCGUGCAUAAAAGCGCUUUCAGUUAACCUCGAAAAACAUGAAGUUCAAGUUAAAGGCUUACGCCUUAUUAAUAGUCUUGCAUUGAAAAUCCGCAAGGUCGAAAUCCGUGACGAAACCUUCAUGAACUAUUGCCAUUUGUUGACCAACAAUUUAAGCGAGUAUAAGGAUAAUUUACAGAUUAAGAAAGAAGUAUUUUUGUCUUUGAAAAUAUAUUCAGAUACAAACUUAUACUUCUAUCAAUUCGUGAUAGACUUCAAAAUUAUCGACAAAAUUCUGCACUCGCUAGAAAUACACGAGACACUAAACUCAACCGAUUCAGAGUUAGAAUGCCUUCAGAAAAACUUCUUCUUAACAUUGAAGAAAAAAUGCAAAGGUAAUAUUCUGAAUGAAUUUUUGUUCCUGGCUUGUUUCAAAAAUUACGGCAAAUCAGUGGUAGCUUUAGUUCUCUUAGGAGCUGAUGUUAACUACGAAAAAAACGGCGAGUCAUGCUUGAGCCGAAUUGUUGCCAACGAAAAUUUAGAGCUGACUUCAUUUCUGCUUCAAAACGGCGCGACAAAAGACGUCGAGAUAUGCUUGGAAACUGUCUUGAAAAACGAAAACUACCAAAAUCGAGACGAGAUGAUUGCAAUCAUCUUGAGUCGUCACGGCACAAGUCGCGAAACGGGUAGUGUCGUCUGGGAACGACUUGGACUCGGGAACCCGAAACCCGAAUGGCUUUUCAAAACGUUCGUUACUGUCUUUGACCAAAACAGUGAAAACUGUCGGGAAAACUUUCAGAAAAAUGGUCUCGUUAAAACUAAUAAUGGUCAAAAUUCAAGACGUAAUACUGGUCCCUUUCGGCGAAAACUAACCCCGGCUCACGGAAUGACUUACAUCAAUCCGAGCAGCCUCCCAUACCAGAAGCAACAUUCUCGAAGCAAUACCGUAAACUCCGAGACCUUAAUGAACGGAAUUGCCGAAACGCGAGAAAGCGUGGAUGAAAGGAGAAACCGAAUCCAGUCGUCUACUGCCGGGUCUGGCUCUGAAGACAACCCAGUCCAAGGGGAGUGGACCUUGUCGUCGUCGGAAUCUGAGACGUCGGAUCUCGGGUCAAGUCAUCGAGGAAAAGAGCUUCCGGUAUAUCCUUCUUUUGAUGAUUUCAUUGAAAUGGAACGCAUGAAAGCCGACGCUUUAAACUACUUCAAAUUCAAGACGUAUCAUGAAACAUCACCAUCAACUUCCGAGCGUGAAAUUAGUUACUUCUCGACUGAUAGUCAAGAUAUCUUUGGGAGGUUUUUGACGAGAGCAAUUAGCACUAGAACCGGAAAUGUUGUCGCAGAGGCCAACAGUUGCAGACAGCCGAGACAUGAGGCUUUGACUGGGUUUCAAAAAUAUCACAGAUUCAAAAUUGAAACUUUAGCUUUGAGUGAAAACCAAAUCACCUCCCUCGAUUCAAUUGCCAUGAGCGGCAAAUUAACUCUAUGUUUUGCAUCGCUAAAGAACUUCUUUCUAAGUCGGAACAAGUUAUCGAAACUCCCAGCAAGUUUGAUGAAAAAUUUGACAAAUUUGGAGAGUUUAAGUUUAAAUGAAAACUCAUUCACGGAAUUUCCGUUCGAAAUAUUUCUCUGCAAAAAACUUGAAGAGGUUGACCUUUCCCACAAUUUCCUGUCAAAGUUUUCAGAUCCGGAGUCUGAAAAAAAUAACAGGUCAUCUUCAUCGAUGAAAAUUCUUAAAAUUUCGUCCAAUCAGAUUAAAGAAUGGCCAGAGCAAUUCUCCAAAUGGUUUCCUGAAAUCACUGAUUUGAACAUGGAGCAAAAUGGUCUGUCGAAACUUCCUGAUUUGUGUAUUCCAAAUAAAAUCCAAAUUUUGGACUUUUCUUCUAAUAAACUGAAAUCGAUUCCCAUGAAUUUUCUGUCCUCUUUCGCAAAUUUGAAACAGCUGAGUCUGAGAGGAAACGCUCUCACAGACUUGCCUGAAGACAGCGCGUCCCUUCUGACAAAUUUGACCGUGUUAGACUUAUCUAAAAAUAGUUUGGCAAUUGAAAAAGAACCAUUCAUUCCUAAUUUCAUUCUUAAUCUUCCCUGGUUGCGAGAUUUGAACUUAAGUAGCAAUCAUUUGAUCGGGCUUCCGAAGCCUUCGUUUUGGAAGAGUAAAGGUCUAGCUAGGCUUCGAUGCAGUUUCAACCAAAUUGAAUCGAUUGAUUUAAGCAACGAUUUGACAAACUUUGACCAAUUAACCGAUCUUUAUUUAGACUAUAACGCCCUCAAAGCGAUUCCGAAUGAAAUAUGUUACCUGAAAAAACUCGAAACCCUGGAUGUCAGUCAUAAUCCAAAAAUCAAACGAAUACCUUCUGAUUUAUACAAAUGCGAAACGUUGCGCAGGUUUUAUAAACUCGGGUUAAAUUUAGUCAAUAUGCCCGCUUUUGUUCAAAGAGGAAAUACAACUGCUUUAAUGAAAUACCUGCAGGAGCGAGCUAGAAAUUCAACAAGUUAUUACGCUGUUAAAAUGCUACUUAUGGGGCAUUCGGGCCGAGGCAAAACGACAAUUCUUCGAAAAUUGAUAGACGACAACUAUGAGCCGCCUGAAAACGUCCCGCCACAAAACUCGGAGCCCCUCGGAAUUGAAAUUUCCCAAUGGACGAUGAAAGCAAUCGACCGCAAGUCGAACAAACCCGCUGAUUUUUCCCUAAACUGCUGGGAUUUUGCCGGGCAAGAGGAGUUUUUUGCGACUCAUCAAGUUUUUGCUUCAACCGAAGCGUUAUAUAUGGUGUUUUACAAUUUGGCUGCUGAAAAUUUAAACCAAGAACUAAACUUAGUUUCUUCGUGGCUGUACAACAUUCAUGCUCGGGGUCCGAACGCGGCAACAAUUAUAGUAGGAACUCACGUUGAUUUGAUUCAAGACGAAAACGAAGAAACUCGAAGAAAACAUUUCUGUUACGAGUUUUUCAGCGACCAUUUUUUUAGUCAGACUCACCGUUACACGUACGCGUUUGUUGGUCUGAAAUCAAGCGAUGAAACGGCGGCAACACUUUCAGAAAAAAAUUCGGUCGCAAAUUUACGAAGUCUGAUUCGAACAAAAUUAGCCGAGUUUAAAAUCGAAGGAGAAUAUUUUAUGGGACGCAGAAUACCUUUAGUGUAUCAAAACCUUGAAAAAGCUGUGAUUAAUUACAAAGAUAGAAUUAAACGAGAUAAAACUGGCAUUAAAAGUGUAAUCGAUUCCCUCACAAUUUCGAACUUGAUUCGGAAAAGUAAGUUGGAUUUAAGCGGCCAUGACAUCCACUUGGCCAUGAAGUUUAUGAACAGCACAGGCACCGUUUUGAUAUUCCCUGAUAUGAUUUUUUCACGAGCACAGCCUGACAUAUAUUUUCUGGACCCGCAGUGGUUAUGCUCAUUAAUGGCUCGCAUCCUAGUUUCGAACCCCAGAGCUAGAGAAAUUAUCCGAAAUUCCGUCAUUACAUACGAGGGAUUGUGCAUCAUUUAUGGACCUGAAAUAACCCUACUCAAAAUUUUUAUUCGCCUCAUGGAAAAGUUUUGUAUUUUGAUCCCAAUUGACGAGCAAAAAUGGCUGAUUCCGAAUCAAUUACCUCGUAAACAUGAGUCAUACGUGUCUCACAUGGAAAUAUUGCAUAAUGAUUACGUAAUCCAGCGAAAUUACUCCAUGUUAUUUCUGCCUGAAAGCUUGAUGCCUCUUUUCCUAGCUAAAAUCUACUCUGAAAAGCAGGAUAUUUUGCCACAUGAGUCAAAACUGGAAAGUAAAAAUGUACCCAAGGUUCCAGUCACGAUCGAUUAUUUCUCAGAUUACGUUGAAUUGUGUGUUUUGAGGGAUCCGGUUGUGGCGUCUGCGAUAGAAGUGAAAAAGGGAGAAGAGCGAACCAAUAUUGUCAUUACAGUCCCCAUGACAGUCCCUGGACGUCAGAUUCUGGGAAACCUAAUCGAUCAUUUCGACUUUGUCAUCAAUGAGUCUUUCCAUGGUAUCUCGCCCCACUUGGGCAACUCCAACAAAAACCUCUUCGAUAUUCAAGCAGUCUGUCCAAUUUGCAUCCGAAGUCGAGAUCCGGAGUCGAGGAGUCUGCCGACGUUGUUUCCAAUCGAAGACCUCGCCAUCCGAGUGGCACAGGAUAACUACGGGGUCACUUGUACUCGACAUCCAGAGAAGACUAUUUCGAUUUUGGAUCUGGCUCCUGAUUUGUCGCUAAGUGAUUUGAAUGAACAAAGUCGCCGACUGAACAUUGACCAACUGGACCACGCCGACACCAAAGUGUCUCGUCUGGGAUCCGGGGGCUUUGGGACUGUCUUCAGAGUAUCGGUCGGAGACAGUGAUGUUGCAGUGAAGGUGUUUGGGGGGUCGAACAGCUCGGACGUGCAGAUGAUCAUGCGUAGAUUGUCUAACUUGAGGAAGGAACUGAAAGUGAUGACGAGAUUGAGACACCCUUCCAUUCUGUCGGCCAUUGGAUUCACGCUGUCCCCCCAGACGGCACUUGUUUUGGAACUAGCUCCCCACGGAAGUCUCGCCAGUGUGAUCUCAACCGGACUUAUUAGAGGCAGGAGCAUCAAGCAGAAAAUACUCUCCCAAGUGGCCCAGGGCCUGUCUGUAUUGCAUGCUUCCAAAAUCAUCUAUAGGGAUUUGAAACCGGAAAAUAUCUUGAUAUUUUCUCUUUCAACGGAAGCCAAGAUCAAUGCCAAAAUUGCAGACUAUGGAAUCGCGUGCCAUGUUGGACCAAUGCACUUAAGUUCCUCCGUCGGCACAAUAGGUUACAAGGCGCCAGAGCAGAUCAAAGGUAGGUACUCGAUCCAGUCUGACAUCUACGCAUUCGGCAUAGUGGCCUACUACCUAGUGACAAAUGGCACUCAUCCUCUUGGAGACAUCCCAUUCGCAGACCAGAUGGAGAAGGCAGCUCUGGCUAAUAUGAAGUUCCCCUCUAUAAGCGAGAGAGGCGCGGCGCCCUGGCCAGACAUUGAGUCUCUAAUCUUUCACUGCACUGAUCCCAAAGAAGACGAAAGACCCCGGUCAGCAGAUUUGGUCCAGGUGAUCCAGGCGUAUGACUUCCAGCUGAUGAGGAGGAGGGUCAAACUGCCUAAAGAUCUGACUGACAACUACGUGGUCAACUGCAUCUCAGCAAUCAGACGAGAAACAGACGACGAAUCCCUGAGGAUUCUAAUCGGGACUGGAUCUGACAAGGAGACGAAGUCACAUGUCAUCAGUAUCGAGUACUCUAACGCAAAGACCACACACACUGCAAUAGCAGUGCCUGAGAAGGAGAUCAUGUGUCUCAAAAUAGUAUCCGAUGAAGAGAUACUCAUCGGAACCUUGCAGGGAUCCCUCUACAAAAUGAAUCUGCAGUCAAACAAUGACUUCUCCAAACUGCUCCAAUUUCCGGGAGACACGAUCCUCAGUCUGAUCAGCUGCAUCACCCACGACAACUCCGAAGUAAUCAUGCUCGGCCUCGCUUCGGGCACUUUAGUGUGUGUCGACAGAAUUAACCUGCUAUCAGAUGUGGACUUCACGAGUUACCAAAAUGAGAUGUUCAUUUUCAAAAUGGUCUCCGACUUCGGACGAGACACAGCCGAGACUCCCAUCUGCAACCUCAUCAACACUAAAGAGGAUUUGCUGUGGCUCUCUUGUGGCUCCCAGUUGAUGUAUUACGAGGUGUUUUUGAGCGACAGGCGACUGAGUGAACAGACACAAGACACGUUUGAAGUGUUCGGAGUUGAGCCGAAACCCGUUUAUAAAAAUAACAGUUUUGGCAGAGAGAUCUUCUGUUCAACCUUUGACCCCAAAGAAGCGGCUAUUAACAAACUGCUUGUGCAUGGCGAUCAUGUCGUACUGUCCAGAAUUAGGAACCCAGUCUUAGAGACCUAUAUCUGGAUCUCUGGCACGAGUUGCCUGCAACUUGUCUGCAAACUUGACCUCUCCUCACCCCGAGUGUUCAAAUCUACUGCAGUGCUGGACAAGCAGAAGAGUGUGUACAGCAUCAGAGACAUGACACUGGUGGGCGAUCACACUCUGUGGGUGUCCUUGAAGAGUGGACAUGUCGUGGUUCUAAAUCUAUAUCAUGCAGAUGACACUGACAAGGUGAAACUUCUGAAACGACACGAAUUUGACACACAGUUACUUUUCACGUCGGAGGAAACCGAGACCAGCUGCGACUCUGAAUAUAUCCCUCUCGUGUUCUCAGUCGGAAAAGGGUUCGUGGGACUCCCGAAGUUCUCCCGUGGGGGGAAAACGACGAAACAAACUCAAGACUUGCGAUGGAAGCCUUGGAAUAUUAUCUCGUGGAAGGCUUCAGAGUUGCUAUGAUUCAUGCAGAUAUACUAACAUUUGUGUAAACCUCAUCAAAACCUAAUCUUUUUAAAUGUAAACUUUCAAUCAAAAACAUGAUAUCAAAGCUAACAUUUAUUAUUUCUUUUCAUUUCAUUUCAUUUAGUUUCAUAUCAUUGGCUAUAUUUAUACGCAGAAAAUAAUUGUGAAGGUAAAUUUCACAUCAAAAUUGAAAAUGGGAACUAUUA